GUAGGAAUCCGAUCCGAGCAUUGUUCACUUCCUUUUGCAAUCGGCUGCUGUGUUGGGGGGGUGGACAGAGCUGAGGUUGCACAGGCAAGAAGCUGGGGAGAGAGAGAGAGAGAGAGAGAAAGAAAGAAAGUCUGGAUUUGUGGGAAAGGCAAGAGAAGGGAAAGCAAGGCGAGGUUGGCAAGAUAGCGCUUUAAGCGCAAGUUCCCAUGUAGCGGCCGCUGCUCUCCUAGCUCUGUGUCUCUCGCAUGCACAGAUACACACACAGUGAGUGAGUGAUUUAAAGCCCAGGGAAAGAUGCCUGAGGAACACAGACCUGCAGAUUGCUAUUAGCUGCAAUCCCGAAACCAUUAUGACUGGCACUGCUCAGCACACAACGUCUGGUUAACUCUCUCUCGCUUUCUUUCUCUCGCUCUUUCUCUUCCUCCCUCCCACCCCUCCUCUCCCUCCGUUUUCUCUUCUCUUUUUGUAAUCCAGCACGUUUUGGAAGAAGUUUACUGGUAAUAUGCAGCCAGUCAGGAAUGCACCUGGUCGCCCCCCUGCUUUUAUUCAGGCUUCGAACGGGACCCGGAGUCAUUCAUCCAGUUAUGUCCCUGGGAAAGUUGUACCUGUCAGACCUGCGCCACCUCCCAGGAUGACAAUGGCAUCUCACGCAGAGUGGUCCAAUUCCAAACCGGAUAAUCCAGCCAUCUUCGUGUUCAGAGGAAAUCAGCAGCAUUCUGAGUCUGAAGACACGAGGAGGAAGAUACACAGGAAUAGCUUCAUAUGUGUUGGUAGCUUUCUGACUGUACUCAUCCUCAUCAUAAUCUGCACAUUGGCCACACAUUCUGGGCACGAAAGAGAUGAAAACUGUCCUGAUCAAAACUUUGCACUUAGAAACUGGAACCCGGGUCACAAUGCACAGAGACGGGUCGUCAUCAGGAAAGGGCAGCACUUCCGACUGGAUUCAUCGGCGACCGUUCAUUGCAUCACCAUUCAGGAUGGAGGUUCAUUAGUCUUUGCUGACAGUGUGGACGGCUCAAAAAAUAUUUCCUUAAAAUCCCGUUACAUUCUGCUGAAGGAUGGGGGAGCGCUUCACAUUGGAGCAGAGAAAUGCCUGUAUAAAUCCCGAGCCACCAUCACGCUGUACGGCAGAUCUGACGAAGAUGAGGAGGUGCCGGAGUUUGGGAAGAAAUUCCUGGGGGUUGAUGCGGGAGGCAUCCUGGAAAUGCACGGCACCAAGAAGUUAUCCUGGACCCUGUUGACCAAGACUCUGCCUGCGUCUGGCUUAAUAUUCGGGUCCUCCUUAUACACACCACCCAACCGUGGGUUAAAUGUCUAUGUGGUCGACCAGGACACGGGACAAGUGCUGGCGAAGGAGAAUUUUGACACCUACGAAGAGGUUCGUGAGAGCAAGAGACUGGAGGCUUUCCUCAAAUCCCAGGAAACGGGCCGAAUAAUUGCUAUUGCUGUCAAAGACUCCGCUGCUAAAAAUCUCCAUCCACAAACAAAGAAGUUUAUCCAGGAGCUUCUUGGAAGUAAUUACGUCCAAGUUUUAAGUUACAGGCAAGCGUGGGCCCUGGUGAGUGUUAUUCACGGUGGUAACCGGUCCUGUAAUGAAGCAGUUCGAAACUACGAGAACCACGACACCGGGGGGAAGGCAGUCGCUCGCAAGGAGUUUUUCACUGUGGAUGGAGUGAAGUUUGUCGUGUCUGCCUCCAGCGAAUGGGAAAAUGGCUUGCCUAUCUCGGAUUUCCGGGUGGAGGUAUCUGACGGCAUUGUCCUGGACCUGCUGGAUGAGGUGGAAGGCUGGAGAGAGGAUGACAAAAUCGUUAUUGCCAGCACUGACUAUUCCAUGUACCAAGCCGAGGAAUUCACUCUCCUCGCCUGUCCCGAGUGUAGCAGCCGUCAGGUCAAAGUCAAAGAACAACCCAAAUUUAUUCACAUUGGAGAGAUUAUGAAUGGGGUGGAUAUGAGGGCGGAGGUAGGAAUUUUAACCAGGAACAUUGUCAUCGAGGGGGAGAUGGAGGGGUCAUGCUACAGCAAUAACCAGUGCCAGUUCUUUAAACAAGACACCUUCGGUGGACAUCUAAAGGUUUUGAGGAAUUUCACGUCUGUCCACGUCUCCAACGUGGAGUUAACCCGCAUGGGUCAGCAGGUGCUGGGCAGUUACCCCGUGCACUUUCACCGCUGUGGGGAUGUGGAUGAAGUGGGGGGUUACAGGUCACCCACGUACCUGAACAGCCUGGCCAUCCACCACUGCUUCUCCAGAUGUGUCGCGGUGCACACCACCAAUGGCCUGUUGAUAAAGGACACGAUUGGUUAUGACACAAUGGGCCACUGCUUUUUCCUGGAGGAUGGUAUUGAGGAAAGGAAUAUUCUUUACCACAACCUGGGCCUGCUCACCAAACCCGGCACCAUCCUGCCAACUGACAGGGAUCAAUUCUUCUGCACCGAGAUUCUCGAUAAAGUCUACGGAAAGUACAUUCCCGUUCCAGCCGCUGACUGCAAGGCAGUCUCCACAUUCUGGAUUGCCAACCCCAACAAUCACCUUAUUAACAAUGCAGCUGCUGGCUCACAGGACACCGGGAUCUGGUAUCUGUUCCACAAGGUUCCCACCGGAGACUCCCAUGGUCUGUACCCAGAAAACAAAGCAGAGCUUACUCCACUGGGGACCUUCUACAACAACAGGGUUCAUUCUAACUUCAAAGCAGGAUUGUUCAUUGACAAGGGAGUGAAAACCACCAACGCCAGCGCUGAUGACCCAAGGGAGUACCUGUGUUUAGAUAACAGUGCCAGGUUUCGGCCACACCAGGACGCUGACCCCCAGAAGCCUCGAGUGGCUGCUCUCAUCGACCGGCUCAUCGCGUUUAAAAACAACGAUCACGGAGCUUGGGUGAGGGGAGGUGACAUUGUGUUCCAGGACUCUGGAUUUUCUGAUAAUGGAGUUGGAUUGACCUUUGCUAGUGACGGAAGCUUCCCGAAGGAUGAUGGCUCCACCCAGGAAAUCUCUGAAUCCCUGUUUGUUGGGGAGAGCAAGAACCGCGGCUCUCCUGGUGGCCAAAACAAAUACUGGGGAGCUGGGGGAGUAGAUGGGAUAGGUCGCACACUGCCGAGAAACAAGACAUUCCCAAUUCGAGGGUUUCAGAUUUACGAUGGACCAGUCCACGUCACUAAGACUACCUUCCAAAACUUUGUGAAAAUGCCGGACAGAUUCACCAGCGCUGUGGGAUUCUCUCUGAAGAACCCCUGGCAGCUGACUCCCAAGAACAGUCUCUCACUGGUGGCAUUUGACAUAAACGUCUCCUUGAAUGUUUUCUUUUGCAAAGCCGGGCCGUGGUUUGAGGACUGUGAUCUGGAUGGCGACAAGAACGCCGUGUUUCACGAUGUGGACGGCUCGGUCACUGGCUACCGCGACACGUACGUGAGCAGGUUGGACAAUUAUCUGGUCCGACAUCCGGACUGCAAGGAAGUAACAUCGUACAAUGGGUCCAUUUGCAGCGGAAAGUACGCUCAGGUUUAUGUGCAAACAUGGCGUCCGCAGAACCUAACGAUGACCAUUGUAAGAGACGAGUAUCCCGCCAAUCCCAUGACCCUGCGGGGCAUCAACCAGCGAGCGGACUUCCAGCAAUACCAACCAGUGGUCAUGCUGCAGAAAGGCUACACGAUUCACUGGAAUGGCCGGGCGCCAGAGGAAACCUUUCUAUAUCUUAUCAACUUCGAUAAAAAGGAUUGGAUUCAGGUUGGUCUGUGUUACCCCCGGAGCAGCACCUUCCAGGUUAUGGCUGAUAUCUACCAAAGGCAGAACUCUUCCGCUCACAGUGUGGAGGAUUAUGGAGCCGUAUCCACGCUUAAAGAGCUCCAGGAGAAACCGUCGGAGAGAAAGUACUAUUUUGACAAUAGUACCGGGCUGCUAUUCUUAACUCUUCAAGCACGGCAGGCUCGAGAGGGUCACAGCUACUGCUCUGUCCAAGGCUGUGAGCGGAUCAAGAUUUCUGCUACCAUGCGCUCGCAAGAGCAGAGCAACUGCAGGUCCAGAGCCUAUCCCAAAUAUUCCCAGCCUCCCAAAGCCAUCAUACCAAUGCCAGCACCCAUCUCCAAGCAAUGUGAAAACUGCGGAGCUUCUAAGCUGGUUUUUACAAGUGAUCCACACAACACCUACCUCCACGUGCAGAUCCAUUCCCUCAGCGAGGAUGAGAUUCAGCAAGGGAACAAAUCCAGCAUCUAUGUGAAUGGCACCUCGCUGCCAUUUCAGACACAGGGAUUUUUCUUGGUGACGGUUGACGCCUGUUCGGGCAAAGUCACCAAAAGAACCAACUUUACCAAAGCUGAUGCAACCAUGGUGAAGUACUUGAGAACUGGAAUCUCCCAUAGAUCCAUUGUUUUAAUGUGCUCCAGAGGCACACUCAGCGGUGACAUUGACAGCAUUUCUGAAGCAUUAGUACCUCUGGGUACAGCCAAACCUGCACAGCUUCAUAAGAAAGAAAGCAUCGCCUUCUUUGGAUACAAGGGCGAAUCCAAACACUCCUGGACUCGGCUACACAGCAGCACUGCAGGGCAGGGGCUGGGACACCUGGAAAAAUACAUUCCAUUACAACUGGAAGAAUAUGGCUGCACUAAGGUCAAGAAACCCCAAAGAAAAGACCGGGAGCUUUACACAAAACUUUACGGGCUUGCUGUCUGAAUAAAUGUGACCUAACUUAUUUUAUUUAUGCUGCUUUUUACAUCUUUCCUACGAUUUUGACUAAAUGGUUUCCUUUCUAUGUAAUAUAUGUAUAUGAACCUAACCUUUCUUAAAAUAAAGAUACAAAACAACA